AUGGUACUCACAUCACCUACGACACAUAGCAAUAACACGUUUCUUCUCGAUGUAUCUAUGGCAAGACCGUCUGUUUCCAAUAACUCUUCUGGUAUCAAUAAUAUAAGCAUGACCCAGCACCAGCAUCAACAUCAACAUUCUAGAAAUUUACAGCCAUUCCCCUCCAAUAAUACAACAUUUAACGGUGGUGAUCAUUCAAGGUCCAAUUCAGAAUCUAUGUUAGAAAGUUUGAAAUUAUCCAACCAUGAAACUUCACCUCCUUCUACUCCAACCUCUAUUGAAGAAUCUACGCCGAAAAAGAAGCAUUCCAUUUCAACAGAUAACACUUCUAUAGCAAAUUCGGCUCAUAAUACAUCAAGUAAUGUCAUGUCAUCCAAGAGAAACAAUUUAUCAAACGCGUCAAGUAUACAUAAUAUUCAAAUCAGUAAUAAUAUUAAUAAUAACAGUAUAACAAGUCGGUCUUCCACACCAUUUUUCGAUGCAUUGGAUGAACCACUGGGAAAUUUGAAAUUGAUGAACGGUUCUGCCACAACUACCACUGCAACUACUUCAGAUAUUUUUUAUUCUCUAAAUGGUAGUACUCAUAGUUUGUCACAUAAUAAUAAUAAUAAUAAUGGUAAUAGUAAUAAUAAUAACUCAGGCUCUCUUCCGAGAGGGUCUCUUGAUCCGAUAUUUAUUAAUAAACAAAAACAAUUACAAAUACAAAAGCAAAUACAGAUACAACAAUCACAAUUGCUGUCACAGUCGCAAUCUCAGCCGCAAUUACAGCCACAACCCCAACCCCAACUGCAGCGCUCUCCUCCUCUUCAACUCCAGUCACACUCACAACAUCGUCAUAUUGAAGAUUUCAAAUAUCCAAUAACUGAUUAUGAUUAUGAUAAUGAUAAUAAUAAUAAUGAUAAUAGCACUACGAUGAAUGAGCAUAUAAUAUCUCAAAAUAAUAUCCAUGACAACGAAUAUUCGCCAUAUAUAUCUCCAAUUAAAGAAAUAUCUGUUUCUCCAAUACAUUCCACAUAUUCAAAUAUUUCUGUAUUAGAUGAACUGGAUAGAAUAAGUAAAAAACAUUCACCAACAUUUAUAAAUCCAGAUGCAGACAUUCAUAAAGAUAGCCGUAGCAUAUCAUCAAGUUUACAUUUAAAUUAUGAUGAUGAUCAUUUUAGUUUAAAUGGAUCCAUUAAUACUAGUAAUAAUUCAAUUUCGCAUCCUAUACCGCAUAAUAAUACGCCUACUACACCUAAUAACAAUUCGCAUACACAUACUAUAAAUAAUGACAAAACUAUACAUCAAAAAUAUUAUGCUCAUAUUCACCAAUCACCCUCAAAGAUACAAUCCACUAUAAAUAAAAAGAAUGAUAAUAAUUCAUAUAAUAAUGACAAUAAAAACAUUAAUAUUAACAAUAGAAAUAUUAAUAUUAGUAAUAAUAAUAAUAAUUUGAAUUGUGAUAAUAUAAACAUGGAUUAUGAUAAUGUAAACACCAUUUGUGAUGAUUCAAAUGUUAAUUAUGAUAAUUCCAACAUUAAUUAUAAUAAUGAUACAAUUAACGAUAGUACUCUCCCCACUGACAACACCAGUUUACUUGAAAUAACAGCACUACCUACAGAGAAUCAACCUCAUCAAUUAUAUAAUACAAAUUCAAUCUCACAAACAAAUACAAAGGAAAGAAGACAAACAAUUAGUUCCACUGAUCAUUCAAUACAUACUGUUGGCACCACAAGAGAUAUUCGUAGUGGUUCUAAUGGUAGUACUGUUGGAAGUGGGGCUGGUGUUGGUAGCUUUAUUCUUGACAAUAAUAGUCUAAUAAAAACUGGUUCUUAUUUACAAACUUCAAAUGAUGAUAAAAUUUUAUUGAAUAGAAGAGUGUUAAGAUUAUCUAAAACUAAUAAUUUGAAUAAUUUAAGAAGAAAAAGAAGAGAUACUCAAGAUUCUACCAUUUCUAAUAUUCCAUUCCAUGCAUCAAAACAUUCUCAAAUUAUGCCAUUAGAUAUACCAUUUACUAAUGCUCAACGAUCUACUGAUGAACUUCCUCUUGCAAUUUCCAAUACAAGUAUUCAUGACAUUACAAAUAUCAGAAAUGAUGAUGAGCUUAAUGUUGUUACAACUACCAAUAAUAACAAUAAUAAUGCUACAACUAAUUUAUCAAGCAUUGAUAGAAGAAGAACAACGAAUUUAUCGAUGCUUUCUCUACCAAUAUCAAGAUUAACAGUAGUCACAUCAAAUAAUAAUCAAGACAAAGCUCAGCGUCCAAGUAUGAGAAGUGGUCAUUAUCAAUCAGCUUCAACUAAUUCAUUACCUCCAAGUAUGAUAAGAAAAACAAAAAUUAAAAAUAAAAAUGAUGGUGGAGCAAAAAGGUCCGAAUCUGCCACUGCUGAAAUUAAAAAAAUGAGAGAAUCUUUAGUUCUUAAAAGAGAAUUGAAAAAAAGUAAAAGAAAAUCAUUUCUAAUAGAUGAUGAUCGUGUCUUAAUUGGGAAUAGAGUUAGUGAAGGCCAUGUCAAUUUUAUCAUUGCAUAUAAUAUGCUGACAGGGAUCAGAGUAGCUGUCUCGAGAUGUUCUGGAAUAAUGAAACCUUUAUGCCAAGAAGAUUUUACUUAUACUAAAAAAUUAGCAUUUGAUUAUCAUGGUAAUGAAUUAACUCCUUCUUCUCAAUAUGCUUUUAAAUUUAAAGAUUAUUGUCCUGAGGUCUUUAGAGAAAUUAGAUCCUUAUUUGGUCUUGAUCCUGCUGAUUAUUUAGUUUCCUUAACUUCUAAAUAUAUUUUAAGUGAAUUAAAUUCUCCAGGUAAAAGUGGUUCAUUUUUUUAUUAUUCAAGAGAUUAUCGUUAUAUUAUAAAGACAAUUCAUCAUGCAGAACAUAUUCAUUUAAGAAGGCAUUUGAAAGAAUAUUAUUUACAUAUUAAAAAUAAUCCAAACACUUUAGUUUGUCAAUUUUAUGGGUUACAUCGUGUGAAGAUGCCAAUAUCUUUUCAAAAUAAAGUCAAGCAUCGAAAGAUUUAUUUCAUUGUCAUGAAUAACUUGUUCCCACCUCAUUUAGAAAUUGAUCGGACUUUUGAUUUAAAGGGGUCAACAUGGAAAAGAUUUACACCAGUUGACGUUAAAAGAUUGAAUAAAGAUCCUAAUUAUAGACCUAUUAUGAAAGAUUUAAACUGGAUUGAUUUAGAUGGUCAAAUUCAAUUUGGACCAGAAAAAAAGAAAAAAUUCUUAAAACAAUUGAAGAAAGAUGUAGAAUUAAUGGCUAAAUUGAAUACAAUGGAUUAUUCCUUAUUAUUAGGUAUCCAUCAUAUUAAAAGAAAGACUCCACAUAUUGAUGCUGAUGGUCAUAUAAUAGAUUCAGAGGAUUUUGAUGAAUUUGGUAAUGAAAUGACACAUACUUCAGGUCUUAUUAGACCGCAUUAUUUUAAAUCUUAUGAAGGUGGGAUUAGAGGGUCUGAUGAAAAUGAUAAAGAUAUUGAUGUCAUCUAUUACAUGGGAAUUAUUGAUUGUUUAACUAACUACUCUUUUGUUAAGAAAUUAGAAACAUUUUGGAGAAGUUUAAGGCAUGAUUUGAAAAUAGUUAGUGCUGUUCCACCGGGAGAUUACGCUGGAAGAUUUUAUGAAUUUAUCGAAGAUUCGGUGGAUCCAUUACCACCAAAAAAAUUUAAAGACGAUCCAAAUAAAAAACGUUAUAAAGAUUGA